AUGUACAAAGAAUUUAAAGUAGAUUUAAGCCACGCGCAAUCUGUCAAGGUUAUACAUGGCAAGAGUGUUCGUUUAUCACACUCGCAGUUGAACAAAGGCCACGCGCAUUAUUUCCACCCUGAGAACUACAAGAAGCUUGUGAAGGCUUACGAAUCGGGCAAAGGGACGACUUUGCAUAUGUCGCACGGAGAAGUUUUGCGAACGCAUCAAUCGGGACUCAGUGGCUCUGGCUUCUGGGGAUCAUUGUGGAAUGGAAUCAAUCUGCCGCAAAAGCAAUUGGUGGUUUCUUGA